GAGUUCAUUCCCCUUGUAAGUGAGGAAGUCGACCGACCAAUGUUUCUGAUUUCGCACAUAAAUCGUGAAUGUUGUCAGUUAUCUUAAUGCAAAUCCUGUGUCGGUCCAUAUAGAGUCCAGAUAAAGACUUGGACUUUUAAAAGGCUCCUCGUCGGUGGAAGGAAUUUGAAGAGGAGAAAUAUGGCUGAAGACCGAGAGAUUCUCCGCGAGGUCUGGGAAGGACGAAUCCCAGUGUGUUUUGCCCUAGCUUCAGAAGAAAUUGAAACUGUUGAACAGCCUGAUCCCUAUUAUUUGUUGGUGCCCCGACAGAGUUAUUUCCCCUUAGUGACUGACAAGGUACAGAAACACUUCCUGAAGAGUGUGGAAGCUGAAAACCAGGGGGAGAUGUGGCUGGAGUUCGAAGGUCAGCCACUCAAAUGGCACUACCCCAUUGGAGUGUUGUUUGAUCUCUAUGGAUCAGGGACAAGCUUGCCAUGGAAUGUAACAGUCCACUUUCAGCACUUCCCUGAGGAUGAGCUGCUGCACUGUCCCAACAAGGAGGCUGUCGAGUCUCACUUCAUGUCAGUGGUGAAGGAGGCAGACGCCCUCAAACAUCGCAGCCAGGUGGUCAAUAACAUGCAGAAGAAGGACCACAAACAGCUGUGGACAGGACUUCAGAACGACAAGUUUGAGCAGUUCUGGUCUGUGAACAAGAGGCUGAUGGAGACUACUGUAGAAGACUCCUUCAAAUACAUUCCUUACAGAAUAUACCUGCCUGACCAACCACUUAUACAAAGGUUGUUUCGACCAGUCAAUGAAAUGGGGGAGACUGAAACGUUGGGGACGCUGCUGGACAUGUCGCUGCCCAGUGACACCAAAGAAGAUCUAGAAAAUGUGCAUGUACUGAUCCAGGGAAUAGAGCCAUCGUUGGACACCCCCAUCUUGUGGCUGAGUGAGCACUGCAGCUAUCCUGACAACUUCUUACAUAUAUGUGUUGUUCUCAAGCGUUUAGUGCAGAGCUAGCACUAACAUACAGUGUGACUGUAAAGCUGUGUAUAGCUUUCACAAUGAGUGGACAGGAGAACAGUACGUUCAUGUUUUAAAUCGGGAGGUGUUCCACCAGACAGGUGUUCUGUCAUCCAAAUGAUAAUGUCUUGUAUUAUCGUUUUUCAAAUCCAUGUUUGAUGAUUGAUACUGUAACCAUGGUAACCAGGAAUUUGUGUCAGGAAAUCCAUGAUCACUGGAUAAUGAAAAAUCAUAGAUAAAAUCAAAGCAUAGAUUAGAGAUAAUAAUUCAUGACUGGAUUUUCAUCCUGGUCCAACAUGCCCCGCCUCAACAUCAUAGAGUCCCCAGGUAAAUACAGGGGAAAGAAAAUUGUGUUCAGUGUUUCAGUUUUAUUUAUAUUUUAUUUAUUCCACAAAAAUGACCUGCUUCCGAGUUGCCAUCGACCUAUGUGGUCGACCAUUACUCCUCCCUGUAUGAACAGGCGUCCAGGAUUCACUGUGGUAAGCACACUGACCAACUUCAGGAUAAACCAGUAAGCACUCUUCUUAAGCAUCCCUACAAAGACUGCAAAAUUGCAUGACAGUCCAUAUAUUCUUGUGUAUAUUACAUAAUGUUUUCGCAGAACAGGGCAUUACAGAAAUAGUAGAUGAUUUCCCUGUUACUGUUAUCCCAACUAGUUUGAAACCUUUGAAUGUAAUUCUGGCAAUUAGUUCAUUGUGGACUUAAAGAUUGUGAUAUAUACAUGUAUCAUGAGUUUUUGGAUCUGAAAAGAGGAGCCUUGUUGCCCCAGACUGUAUGUGUGUCAGACAGACUGCCUAUAUACAGCUGCUUGUCAUCAUCUUGUAGAGAUUAACAGAAACCAUUUACUACAGCAGCUACUUUACUGAGUUGGCAAAAAGACCUGACUGUACCCUAGUGGGGACGUGAGCUAGAAUGUCACCACCACCCUACUGCAAGUCAUGUCCCGUGGGCAUGGUUCAUAGUUCAUGCUUUAAGUAACCACAUUUGUUUAGUCAAAAAUGAAUAUUUACUAGAGGUGUGAUGAUACAGAAAUUUCACGAUAUGAUACGUAUCGCGAUAUCUUGGAACGAUACGAUUCGAUUCGAUGCAUAUCACGAUAUGCUUUCUUUA